GAACUUUCAAACGUUUUGUAUGUCAAAAACACUUUGAAAAGAGGUUUAUUACGACGCAAUUACGUCUCAUAGGCAGUGCAUAUCCAUCUUUGUUUACCGAAGACAAGAUUUCCUCUGGAAUACCAUCACAGGACAAUGCCGAAAAUAUGGAUAUUGAUAUGGAGCAUAGUUACUCGCGUAAAAGACACUUUGACCACACGUACUUUCAAAGGGAACCACUAAAAGCUCACUAUGCAGAUGGCAGACCAGUCAGUAACACUUUACAAAACACUGCAGACACUGUUUUGUUCUUCGACAAAUUGUUUGCCAGCGUCAAUGGAGCUGCAAUACAGUCAAAAAGAAAAGGAAAAAUAUUAAGAACAGCAGUAACGGAAAAAUCACCUCAUCACGAAUUUUGGAGGGAAUCAAUAAAAAAAUUGGAAGAAACCAAAUAUGUCGAUGCGAAAGGACACGAAAAGUCCGUGCCGUCAUUGAAAAACUUUGUCAUAACUUUAAAAAGUUAUAUGAAGCUGAGGCAGUUUUUCCAAAGUAAAGGGAUUACAAUAAUGAGGCCUAGAUAUUUUAACUCCGAUCCAAUAGAGAAUUUUUUCGGUCAAGUUAGGACCUAUAGUUAUAGAGAUAAUGACCCAAACUGCCACAGCUUUAACUGCACCUUUAAAUCAUUACUAAUAACUAGGAUUAUUAAAUUCCAUAAUGAAACUUUUAAUUGUGAGGAUGAUCCGGCGGACCAAGUGUUCAAUUUACAAUCAUUAUUUGAAGAACAAAAAGAAAAUAUUCAACCUGAUCAUCUUAUUCAUUCAUAGGACUGAAAGCGUUGAAACUAUAACGUCUCAAUGUUCACUCUCGGGCCUACACUGCUGGAUGGGUAGUAAGGAAAAUUUUAAAUAAAUUAAAAAUAAACUGUGACUUAUGCCUAAAAAUUUAACAAGUAAUCAAACGCGUAUUCACGACUGGGUAAGUCACAGGGAGUAUACAACGUUAAAAAACCGACUGAAA